AUGGCAAACCGAGGGAGAACACUGGACUCUGAGGUCUUUUGCAUCAAGGACCUGAAGGAAAAAGCGUCCAAGAAGAUGCCAAAGAUGUACAGGGAAUACUUCAAUGAGGGAGCCAUGGACAUGAUAACCCUUCACGACAAUGAAGCUGCUUUUGACCGCUACCGCCUCCGACCUCGGAUCCUGAGAAACAUCUCCCACAUCGACACAUCCACCACUAUCUGGGGAAGCAAAGUCCUGUUCCCCUUUGGCUUCUCGCCGGCUGCAAUGCAUCGACUAGCCCAUCCAGACGGAGAAGUCGGCACAUCGAGAGCCUGCGCGGCCUUGAACGUUGCCAUGGGCCUUUCCGCAUACUCUACCGAUUCGCUCGAGGAUGUCAUCAAGCAGGGCGAAGGAAAGGCGAAUCCCUACGCCAUGCAAGUCAGCCUGUUGAAAGAGAAGAAGCUGACUUUGCAACUGUUAAAGCGGGCGGAAAAAGCCGGCUUCAAAGCCAUCUUACUAACGGUCGACGCCCCCUUGCUGGGCCGUCGGCUGAACGAGUUCCGCAACGGCUUCGGCAUGCCCAAGGGAAUGACAUACCCGAACAUCGCCCCCGACAUGGACGCCAGCAACCUGGAAGGAGGGGACAAUGAGCUCGCAUACGAGAAUGGCGUGAACUGGGACGAAGCGAUCUCGUUCAUCAAGAGCAACACCAGCCUCCAAAUCUGGAUCAAGGGCCUCUACACUGCCGAGGAUGUUGCGACCGCUAUCUCCUACGGCCUCGAUGGGGUGGUCAUCUCGAACCACGGUGGAAGACAACUCGACAGUGUCCCCGCCACCCUCGAUGCCCUGCGCGAGUGUGCUCCCGUCGCUAAGGGGAAGAUCCCCAUCGCCAUUGAUGGAGGCAUUCGACGAGGCACAGACAUCUUCAAGGCCCUGGCAUUGGGCGCGGAUUUCUGCUUCGCCGGGAGGAUACCGAUCUGGGGACUGGCCUACAAUGGCUCCAAGGGCGUGGAAUUGGCCAUCAACUUACUUUACGACGAGUUCAAAUUGGCAAUGGGACUUGCGGGGUGCAAGAGCGUAUCUGAGAUCAACCGUGGUCACCUGUCCAUCUUAGAGACGAACGGCAUUCUGUCCAAGUUAUAAUAGGUCGUUCAAGGUGUCGGAAACAUUAGAACAUAGAGUCCAAGUGGAAUUGGAGGGAGUUGAUGCCAUUGCAAGCAAGCGUGAUUUAGACAAGUUCAGG